UAUCAGCUUGUAUUUUUCAGUUACAGCUGGAGUACAAUGUUUUAUGUUUUUUUCAUCGUCUGAGAUGAAUUAAAAAUUUAACAGCAUUGUUGCUUUAAUAUUGAAGAAGAUUUCUUAAGGAGCUGGACUGCAAGAACGCGUUGACUACUAAUUUCAAUUAAGAAUUGCAUUAGCAAUUUGUCUCACCUAGUUUGAAACCAUAUCUAAUGAGAAAUUAAAUUGAUAUCAUUCGGUUAUCUAUUCGACCAAUGAGGUUGAAACAAUGGAUUCGAAUAGCCAAUCACAGAUUAGCACUCCAAGUCCAGGUGAAAAUGAGUUGAAGCAGAUGUCUUCCCCCGUGGAAAGCAGUUCAUCAAAUGGAACCAUUACAAAUGCUUUUUCCAUGAACUACUCAAAUCUUAUCGCUGACCACGCUUCCGAGGGGAGCAAUGCCCAUACUCCCCCCAACCGGGAAAUCAUGGGCCACCAGUCUCUGGGAGGGGCCAUGCCUCUCUUCUCCCCCGGAAUCAACAUGAAUAUGCUCAACAUCGACAGUAAUUCCGUGAAUGCAGCGCAAGCGGCCGCCGCUGCAAUGAACAAGACCUCGAUCCCGCCCUGUGAGAUCUGCAACGACAAGUCUUCAGGCAAGCACUACGGGGUGUUCUCAUGUGAGGGGUGCAAGGGCUUCUUCAAGCGAACUGUAAGAAAUGGAUUGACGUACAAGUGCAGGGAUAAUGGGAACUGUCCGAUUGACAAGAACCUCAGAAAUAGAUGUCAAGCUUGUCGCUUCAAAAAGUGCCUCGCUCACGGAAUGAAAAAAGAAGCCGUGCAAGAGGAAAGAAGAAAGUCACAUGGGAGUAAUUUCGUCCAACCGGAGGAAGAGACAAAUAAGCAGAGGUUCCGGCUUCUCAUUGACAGACUGAUCGCGGCCGAGAAGGAACUCACAGAAGAUUCAAAACAGCUGCCAGACUCAAUGGGAAACAAUGUAGACAGCAAUCUGCUCACUUUCAGUGUUUUUAUUGAUGACUCACUCCGAGACACAGUAGAGUGGGCAAUGAAAAUACCAAGUUUUGUCGACCUCCCGGAUGACGUCAAAACACCCCUCUUGGUCUCAGCUUUCUCUCAGCUUUUCAUCAUGAGUUUAAUCUUCAACAAAAAAGGAAAUAUUGGAGCUAUAGCAUCACACGUGUCAGAUGCUGCCAGGAUCCGAAGAUUGACAUUGGAACUUAAGUCUCAGCUGGACUCGAUUAUUGCAGACAAGGCCGAAGUUGGCUGCUUGAAAGCGGUCAUCUUGUUCAAUCCCGAGAGUGAGAACCUGGCCGAGGAUCUGAAGUUGGAGAUCGAGAGGCGGAGAGACCAGGUGUUCCUGGCUCUAGAGGACUAUGUCACUGCCCGUCAUCCGGACGAUCCUUCCAGAGGCAACCGGCUCCUGCUGAGGCUACCUUGUCUCAGAACAGUCGGCCACAGGUGUCUUGAAGAACUGCAUGUAUUUAAAGCCCGUUUUGUGGGACAAAAUGUGCUGAGUGAAAAAAUCCGCCAGCAUCUUGUUCAAUGCAGCCAACUGUUUUCACAUGCCGCCUCACUAGAGACAAAUGCUACCGCAACAGUGAGAGCCAGCCCCAAUUUCAACCCCCCUCAACAGUCGCAAGUCCUCGGGGGACCCCCCAACUCGGGAACAGGGGGGCUCAGAAACUCAGGGCAAAUGUUCAUGCAGCAAUAUCAACAGUCGCUACCUCAAUUUCACCCUUCUCAACAACAAAUGACAGCUGCUGCGGCGAACUACCAGCAGCACCAAGUGAAUGUAAACAACAACAGCAGGGACGGCUCAACAUCUCCUGUUAACAUUAGUAUAUCCUCCCAAGGCCAGUCAGAAAUGAUGGACUCUACAGGAGCAGCAGCUUCCAUGUAUUUCAGCCAACAAGGAACACACCCAAGCAUGGGUGGUCAGAACAUGAAUUAUCAGCAGUCGAGACAGACAGAGAUGCAGCAGAACCAUCUGUAUUAAUUUUAACAAUUGUGAAUCACCGCUCUUCAAAUCCCUUCCCUUAUCUCUGUGAAAUUUAUUAGUCAGCAUUGAAUGUUGCUUCUAUUCUUUCAAAUAGUAGUCAGUCAGUAUUUGUUGUCUUUGAUAGAUAAUUGAACAAUGAUUUCUCGUUUAUUAAGUGUCAAUGAACGUAGUGAAGACAAUUAUAAAAAUCAUACUGAUUUUUUUUGCUUGUUACUGAAAAAAAAAUCAUGAAAGUUGUUCACGCUAAAAUUUGAUUUGAUU